AUGAAUAAUUCAAAAAGUCCAAUUACUAAAGAUGAAAAAUCAUCUAAUGGACAUCAUUUUUUGGAAUCAAAUCAAUCUGCAUUUCGUCGUAUAUCAUCAUCUAUUAAAACUGAUCAAACUGAUAAAACCAAUGAAAAAACAACUAAAAGUGGUACAACAAUAUCUUCGGAUGAACAUCAUACAAACAAAAAUUCUAUUCCAAAUCCAUUUUUAUCACCAUUAAUUUCUUCAACAUCAGAUUUUCAAGCACAUCUUGCUUUAUUACGUCCAUUUCUUUCUCAAACUUUACCAUUUGUUCCAACACUUCCACCUCCCAAUUAUUGGCAUACAUUACCAUUAUUUCAUCCAUAUUUAUCUAAUCUUAGACCUCCGGGACUUCUUCCACCACCACUUUCUUCAUUACCAUCAUCAUCACCAUUGUCAUCAUCUCUUCAACCAAAAGCAUCAACAAAUACAAACAAUAAAAAAUCCUCCUCAUCACCAUCAGCAACACAUUAUCAUCAAUAUACAAUUACAAAUAAUAAUGUUCUUGUUCCAUCUCCAGCUACAUUAAUAGAUUUUAUUCGACGACCAAUAACAUCAAAUGGAAAUACAACACAAACACAUUCAACAACAAAUAAUACAAAAUCAAAAAAUUUAAAAAAAUAUAAAUGUGAUAUUUGUUCAAGAGCAUUUUCAAGAAGUAAUACAUUAGUUACGCAUAAACGUAUUCAUACAGGUGAAAAACCAUUUGUAUGUGAAAUAUGUGAUCGAGCUUUUCGUCAACCAGGAAAUUUAACAAGACAUAAAUUAACACAUACAGCUGCUAAACCUUAUGCAUGUGGUAUUUGUUCAAAAGCAUUUAAUCGAGCAUCUAAUCUUCAUGCACAUCAACGAACUCAUUCAUUAAUGAUGCCUAUGAUGACAAAAACAACAACAGCAAAUAAUAAUAAUAAUAAUGGUCAUGGUUCUUAUACAUGUAAUAAAUGUCAUGAAGUAUUUGAACAUAAAUUUGAACUUAAUUUACAUACGGCUGCUUUACAUCAUUCAGAUGUUAAAUUAUUUUCAAAAAAUAAUGAAGAUGUUGAAGUUGAUGAUGAAGAUGAUAUGGAUGAUGAACAAUUGUAUGAAAAAGAUGAAGAUUUGUCGGAUGAUAGCGAACAAAAUAUUGAUUUACUUGAAAAUUAA